AUGUCAAAAGGCAGUGCUUCCCUCCUCGCCGCCCUGGCCAACCGGCGCUCCUACUACGCGCUGCGCCGCGAAUCACCCAUCCCAGACAGCAAAAUCCAAUCCAUCCUCGGCUCAAUAAUGCACAAAACCCCAUCCGCCUUCAACUCCCAGACCACGCGCACAAUCCUCCUCCUCAACCAAGAACACGAGAAACUCUGGAACAUCACCAAGGACGUAUUAUUGGCGCGCAUCGGACCCGAGCGAUUCAAACCGACGGGAGCGAAGUUGGACGGGUUUAAGGGGGCGUACGGCACCGUACUGUUCUAUGAAGAUCAGCCGGUGAUUGAAGAUCUGAAGGCCAAGUUUCCCCUCUAUGCGGAGAACUUCGAGCCUUGGUCUGAGCAUACGAGUGGCAUGCAUCAGUUGAUGGCUUGGGUUGCGUUGGAGGAGGAGGGGUUCGGGGCUAAUUUGCAGCAUUAUAACCCUAUCAUUGAUGAGAAGGUUGCGGCGAAUUGGAAUGUGCCGGCUAGUUGGAAGUUGAGGGCGCAGCUUGUGUUUGGGGUUCCCGAGGGGGACAGGCCGGCGGAGAAGGAGAAGAAGGAGCUGGGGGAGGUGUUGAAGGUUUAUGGGGCGAAGAUUUGA